AUGGUGAGCGUACCGGACUUCGUUACCGGUGAUGGUUUUUUUGUACUGCCGGUCGUUCUGUACGAAAACUUUUCCGAAGCUCAAGACUUCGCUCGGGAGAACGAUGUGACUCGAAUACUAUUCGAUAAUGCUCUACCCGAAAUUGUCAAAGGGUCGAGUUAUGACCCGAAGUAUUGGACGGAGGUCGUUUUUGUGACGGAUGGUAACUGUGGCUCUGCUUGCUCGAUAUUUACGCAGACUCUACAGCUCACGAGAGCUGCAACAGCUUUCACUUUCGGUGGUCUAGCCGAUCAGGCGAUGGAUGUCGCCUCUUUUGGUGGUGGAAACGUUCUGGAAUAUGAUGACAUAUUCCCUCUAUUGAAUAUUGCCAGUCAUCUCGGGUACUGGGCUACAUUUGGUGAGUCUGACUAG